UUAAAAUUCUAUUUUGAACUUGUUGCUGUGCCGUUCUUACCGUGCUGGGGAAAUUUCGCUGGCACUUGGGAUAAGUCGUAGCUUUCGGGGAACCGAGGAUUUCCGAGGAUUUUUAGGUGAUACAUAAGAAAACGUAUGCACCCUUUCUAAACCAAUCAUUUCAGCGAGAUGCCCUUUCGUCGCCACGCGGUCGUUCAAUAAUUGACAAAAAGGAGGAAUCAAGUCUGCUUAAGCUGGACCAAGUUGCCAAGAACGGGUCAGCAUGGCGGCGGGAGUGGCGGCUUGGCUUCCUUUCGCUCGCGCCGCAGCCAUAGGAUGGAUGCCAGUGGCGAGUGCCCCUAUGCCGGCGCCCCCGAGGGACAAGAGGAGAGCGCAGGACGGACUCAUCAUCCUCAACGUCAGCGGCACCAAGUUUCAGACCUGGCGGAACACGCUGGAGAGGUACCCGGAUACCCUGCUGGGAAGCACGGAGCGAGACUUCUUUUACCACGAGGAAACUAAUGAGUACUUUUUUGACCGAGACCCCGAUAUAUUCAGACACAUUCUUAAUUUUUAUCGCACAGGCAAACUGCACUACCCACGACACGAAUGCAUUUCUGCAUACGACGAAGAGCUGGCAUUCUUUGGGAUAAUACCAGAAAUUAUCGGGGACUGUUGUUACGAAGAGUACAAAGAUCGCCGGCGAGAGAACGCCGAAAGAAUCCAAGAUGACGAAGAUAAUGACAACAACAAUGAUUUGGCACCUCCAGAUAUGACCUUUCGGGAAUCAAUGUGGCGGGCUUUUGAAAACCCUCACACCAGCACAAUGGCGCUGGUAUUCUAUUAUGUCACUGGGUUUUUCAUCGCGGUUUCUGUCAUGGCCAACGUGGUGGAAACGGUGCCCUGUGGGACCUCGCCGAACCGAGUGAAAGAAGUGUCCUGCGGAGAGCGCUAUGCCUUGGCAUUCUUUUGCUUGGACACUGCCUGCGUGAUGAUCUUCACUGUCGAAUACAUGCUGCGUCUCUUGGCGGCGCCAAGCAGAUACAAGUUUGUGAAAAGUGUGAUGAGCAUCAUCGACGUGGUUGCCAUCAUGCCGUACUACAUCGGGCUGGUUAUGACGGACAACGAGGAUGUGAGCGGGGCGUUCGUCACUCUGAGGGUUUUCCGCGUGUUUCGGAUUUUCAAAUUCUCGCGCCAUUCCGCGGGGCUGCGUAUCCUGGGUUACACGCUGAAGAGCUGCGCCUCCGAGCUGGGAUUCCUGCUCUUCUCUCUCACAAUGGCCAUCAUUAUUUUCGCCACAGUGAUGUUCUACGCGGAGAAAGGAUCUUCAUCCAGCAAGUUUACCAGCAUCCCCGCCGCUUUUUGGUACACCAUUGUCACCAUGACAACACUCGGGUAUGGUGACAUGGUUCCCAAAACUAUCGUGGGGAAGAUUUUUGGGUCCAUCUGCUCCCUGAGUGGGGUCCUGGUCAUUGCUCUGCCUGUCCCCGUCAUCGUGUCCAACUUCAGCCGGAUCUACCACCAGAGCCAGCGGGCGGAGAAGCGUCGUGCCCAGAAGAAAACCAGGCUUGCGCGAAUUCGCGCAACGAAGAGCGGGGGCGCUAACGCCUAUUUGCAGUACAAAUGCAAUGGGCUCCUGAGUGACUCCACAGAGCAGGCCUCGAAGGAAGCCAGCCAGGCCCAGGUGUCACGGGCCAACCCCACUUUUGAGACCCAGCACCACCACCUGCUGCACUGCCUGGAGAAGACCACGAAUCACGAGUUUGUGGACGAGAAGACGUACGAGGCAAGCUGUAUGGAGAUGUCGGCGGGCAACCAGACGGGCUCGCGCUCCUCCUCCCUGUCCUCCUCCUCCACCCAGCAUGGCCUGUCCUGCUGCUCGCGCCGCCACAGGAAGAGAAGUCUCCACCUGCCCAACUCCACCCUGGCCACCAGCCAUCGUGGCAGCGUGCAGGAGCUCAGCACCAUCCAGAUCCAGGAGAGGCCCCUGGCCAACAGCCGGUCAAGCCUGAAUGCGAAGCUGGAUGAGACGGUGCCGCUGAACUGCGAUGAGCCCUACAUCACGGCAGCCAUCAUCACCAUGCCAACCCCUCCCAUGACGACACCCGAAGGCGAUGAGUCCAGCAGCUCUGCAGCCUACUCGCAGACCAAUAUCGUCAGGGUGUCAGCGCUAUAGGCUCUGCACCCACCGUGCCGAUGGCUCAGAGGAGAUUGAGAGAUGGGACAACUGCUGCACCCCCUGCUGGAGAGUGCAGACAUUACAGGGACCAGGGAGGAGGGGCUGGACCGA